ACUACUUUUUGGACUACAUUUUCCAACACUACAGCAACGCGACUCACAACCUCACACUGGCAGGGUUGACCAAACUAAUGGUAGAGUUGGAGGUCGGUCCUGGGAGAAAAGAUGGCGGCCAUGACCAUGGCCAUGACCACGAUGGCCAUGGACACACACACGAUGGCCAUGACCACGAUGGCCAUGACCACACACACGAUGGCCAUGACCACAGCGACCAUGGACACGAUGGACACGCACACGAUGGCCAUGACCACGAUCAUAAAAAUGCCACACAUGGUGGCCAUGAUCAUGACGAUCACUCGGACCAUCACCAUGGCAACGAAACAGGCCACCACCAUGGCAACGAAACAGGCCACCACCAUGGCAACGAAACAGGCCACCACCAUGGCAACGAAACAGGCCACCACCAUGGCAAUGAAACAGCCCAUCACCACAUGGAGAGGAGCCCUUGGAACCCAGCCAGGGCCACCAGUGCGACCACGGACUCUCCCUGCAGCUCUACCAGGAUGAGAUGAAGAGGAGGAAGCAAGAGAAGGGGGCUUCCAAUGCUGACCUGAGUGUGGAAGUGGGAAUCCCGAGGAGUAAGGCAUUGGCCAGCCCUGGGCAAGCCUUACCCCACACUUCUCACUGCCCUCCCUUCUGCCCCCCACCCCCAGGAGACUUCGCAGCUCUGCUCCACGCCGGCCUGAGCGUCAAGCGGGCGCUGCUGCUCAACUUCGUGAGCGCCCUCACGGCCUUCGUCGGCCUCUACAUCGCCCUGUCGGUCAGCACCGGGGAGGAAUUCGAGGCCUGGAUCUUCACGGUGGCCACGGGCCUCUUCCUCUACGUGGCCCUGUGCGAUAUGCUUCCGGCACUGAUGAAUGCGAAGGACAAGCGUCCCUGGUUGCUUUUUGCCCUGCAGAACCUGGGCCUUCUGGCCGGCUGGGCCAUCCUCCUGCUGCUCUCCAUCUUCGAGGACAACAUCACCAUUUAACGGCACGGCUCCUGCGGGUCAGCACCGGGCGCCCCUCGCCACUCUCCUCUGCCACCCCCGGCAGGCACAGCCGAGCCACGGACACGAAAGGGGGAUGCAGUGGGGUUUUUUUUUUGUGGGGAGGGGGCAGGUCCAGACCCAGGGCUCAGCUGUCGGGGGGAGGCAUCCAGGGACUCCUGCCAGGCUGCCCACCUCACUUUUUCUCCCCGUUGCCAAAAGUCCCUCCGUCGGCUCUCAGGCUCGGCCGGAAAGAAGGGAGCCACGCGGCCACCUGAAGAGCAGUUAACUCCUGCAGCAGCAGCAGCCUGAAAUGGAAGCUUGGCCCAGGGUUCAAAUGUCCUCCACCUGGCUGUCUGAAUCAGCGGGCGCUGGGUCAUCCUCUUGGGCCAUGCCCAGUUUCCCCCUCGCCAGUUUCAAUGUUGGCACCAGCCUUGGAUGGAUGUUUAUCCUGCCUUCACCUUCUAUUUAUUGUAUUUAUUAAACUCUUAUUCAUGUUCAGAGACAUA